CAGCGGGCGUAUGAGAGAGAGCCGAUGAGCAUGGCUCAAAACCGAACAGCUCUGUGUGUCACACUCGAAUACAUCGCAUCCACAGCUAGGACCUAGGCGCGGAUCGUCGCUUUCAAGACAAGCGCAACAUCGGAGAGAGAUUUUACGCAUGGAUAGAGAAUGAAUGCGCCGCUGUAUCCAACAAUCCCAAAACGCCGGGUUGGUCUCAUUUUGCCACCAUUAGAGCAUCACUUGAAUUACCAUAAGGGAGCGACGAGAACCGAGCACAGUAGAAACAACGUCUUUACAACUGAGGAAUAAGAGAUUUUGCUCAAAUGAUUGAAUAAUUUACUUUUGAUCAAAAUCCAAAUAUUUUCAUUUAUUUGGAGGUGUAAUUCUAAGGACACAUAUAUUAAAGCACUUUGAUAGCCAUCAUUAGGUCUACUUGGAUUUGAUCAUAUUGACACUUUGUUAGUAAUCAUGAUGGAAACUGCUUCAAAAGCGCGUCGGCUGUCCAAUGUGUCCAACGUGUCCAAUAUGUCCACGUCCAGCGCUGGGACUGAGGUAGGACAGAGCGAUGUUCAGAUUUGGGGGGACAGACCUUUACCUGUCGACUACCUUGGUGACAUCUCGAUCCUGGAUGAAGGGAGAUGGUCUAACUCUGGCGUGAAGAAACAUCACCACAAGCACAACCUGAAGCACCGCUACGAACUGCUGGAGACAUUGGGGAAAGGGACAUACGGCAAAGUGAAGAAAGCCAUCGAGAGACAAUCCGGCAAAGUGGUGGCCAUUAAGUCCAUCAGGAAGGAGAAGAUCAAGGAUGAUCAGGACAUGGUUCACAUCCGCAGAGAGAUCGAGAUCAUGUCCUCCCUCAAACACCCUCACAUCAUCUCCAUCUACGAAGGUAGGUCUGAGAGAGAGAUGGA